AGUCGUCCAGAAGCCGUCGUGGAGAGAGGGUGCGCGCCGGACGCUCCAGACGCCAGUCCAGUCGCGGCAGACUAGUGUUUGUGUGAGAGGGAGGGAGGACAGUGCCGCGCGCGGUGACAGACGAGAUAGUGCGAUUGGAGUGGGACUGCUGUUUGUCGGUGGAGGAUUACAGAAGCGAAGAUGCGUCGGUGGCGGUGUGCCGCCGCGGCGCUGCUGUUUCUGCUGCUGGCCUCAGCGGUCACAGCGCUGCAGACUUUUGUUCGAGAGCCGUCCGAUCAGUACGUCCGGCUCGGGCAGACCGUGGUACUUCCCUGCCAGGUGGCCAACUCAGUGGGACAGGUGCAGUGGACUCGCGACGAGUUCGGUCUGGGCAUCAUCCGCGACCUGCCCGCCUACCCGCGCUACCAGAUGAUCGGUGACGACCAGGAGGGCAUCUUCUCACUGGAGGUGCAGCGGGUGAAGCUGGAGGAUGACGCCGUGUUUCAGUGCCAAGUGGGCGCCGCUGCCGGAGUGCCCGGCAUUAGGUCGAGGAACGCUCGUCUGACAGUGCUAGUGCCGCCGGAGCCGCCGAUGAUCCUGCAGGGUGAACAGAUGGCCACCACGGCCGGUCUCAAUGUGCGCCUCCAGUGUCGCAGCACGGGCGGAAAACCCCCUGCAGAGAUCGAGUGGUACAACGGCGAUCGCGAGCUGAUCGAGAACCGCAGCGAGACGUCCGUCUCCAUCCUCCCGGACGGCAAACUCAGCGAAGUGCUGUCCACCCUCAGCUUAGAGGUCGGCGCUCGUCACCACGGGGCCAACAUCACGUGCCGGGCGCACAACUCGGCCCUCAGUGCGCCUCAGACGGCCGCCAUUCAGUUGGCGGUGCGGUUUGCGCCUCAGGUGCAGCUCUCCGGUGAUACGACAGCGGUGCUGGAGCGCCGAGAUGUGACGCUCAACUGCGAGGCCACGGCUAACCCGAGUCAGGUGACAUACCAGUGGUUCGUCAACGAGGAGCCCCAGGUGGGGCACACCGGCUCCCAGCUGACCCUGAGGGCGGUUGGACGCGACCUCAACAAUGCUACGGUUCGCUGCAGGGCUGCCAAUGAAGUGGGGGCAGCCAGUGACUCCAAGCGCAUCACAGUGCUAUAUGCGCCCAGGUUCCGGCAGGAGCCUCAGGAUGUGGCCGCCGACGCGGGUCAUGAGGUCAGCCUCAGUUGUGACGUCGACUCGAACCCCGAGCCGCGAGUGACCUGGGUCAAACGCGACUGCCAGUCCUGCCAGAGACGUGUGGGCGUGGGCCGGCGGCUGCGACUGCGGGCUACGCGCGAGUCCGUGGGCCGCUACGAGUGCCGGGCCGAGGUGGAAGGCUUCCCGGAGGUGUCGCGGCAGCUGAUGCUGUUCGUGAGGGCCCAGCCGGAGGUGACGGCGCACUCUACACAGCACGGUGUCGAGGGCGAGACAGUGCGCGUGGAGUGUGUGGGCGCCAGCGUGCCGCCGCCCCAGGUCACCUGGUACUUCCAGCAGACGCCCGUGCCGCUAGACGCGGACCGUUACCAGGUGAUCGAGCAGCCGGAGGUCGGAGGUCUCCGCAGUUUGCUGGUCAUCCACCGAGCCACAGACAGCGACUUCGGCCUGUACAACUGCACGUUCACCAACGCCUACGGCAGCGACUCGGCCGCCAUCAUCCUUCAGAGGCAGAGAGCGCUGCCUCUGCUCAUCAUCCUAAUUAUCGUCAUCGGCGGCAUCGUGGUGCUGACGGCCGUCAUUCUCGUCGUCAUCAUGUGUCAGCGUCAUCAUCGGCGGGCCAAGGAGAAGCCCACUGCAGAAGAGGUGGCCCGGGACAAGCUGGGCCGGGACUCGGAGCCCAACUCGUCCGGCUCGGACCUCAAGGUGGAGAUCCGCACCACCUCGUCCGGCUCGGGUCACGUGAUCACUGAUCGGUGGGAUGGCGCGCACGAGCCGCCGCCCUCGCACGUGCGCAUGGCGGGAGUGGGCGAGGAGGCGCCCGCCGACAACGGCUUCCCGCCAUUUGUCAAGGAGGCCCCGUCCCCGGUCACCAGCGGCGGAGGCGUGGCGGCGUACCCGUGCUACGACCAGCACGGCUACGUCCGACCGCCCAGUGGCGGGCUGAGGGCGUUCUACACGAGCUCGCCGAGCACGCCGGCCGAGUACGCCCCGACCACGUCCGCGCUGAGCGACUACGGCCGCUACGGCGGCUACGGCGAGUACGGUGCGGCGGCCGGCCAGUACGUGGUGGACAGUCAGCUAAAGCCCGGCACACUAGCCACCCACGUGUGACCCUCGCCCGGCCGGCCCGGCCGCUGGCUCGUGUAGCUCCGGGGCACGGCCGGCGCCCCGCGGGCGCCGGGGGCGCAGGGGCGUCCGGGCGCGGCCGACCGGCACUGGCGGGCGCCCUCACCUUCCCCCGAAGAACGGUGUGUGCCAAAGAGGGGUGCCGCGCAGAUGAAGCGGCUUAGAGUGCCGAACAGAACUGCCAGAGUUGUUAGUGACGUGCCGAACUUUGCGAGAGUGUGCGUGCUUUGUUCGUUUUUGUUGAGAGUGGACAAAGAAAAGAUACGGAUAUGUAGUGCGCGGACAUUACGUGUGUGUAUAUGACUAUGUUUUAGGUGGUCAACUGCGCGAAUCAUCACAUGGAGCAAUGGUGAAGUGUUUUGUCACUGUGUCGAUGUUUUCUACUCUAGUUCGAUGUAUUGCGACUGUGAUAAUUUGUAAAUAAAGAUGCUAUGACCUGUGAA